AUGUUUAUGAUGGCCCGGUAAACGAAAGAAGGGAGGGAGCGAAAAAGCGUCACGAGCGGGAGAGGAAGGUGGAGAGAUAGGGAGGGCUAGCGAGAGAGGAAGAUCUUCGAUUUAGGGUUUUCAAUUUCGUAUUCACCAAGGCGGCGAGUGUGAGAAUUUGAGAGAGAGAGGGUUGAGAGCGCUGAGUGCUCUGCUGAGAGAUUCCAUUACCCCAACAGAAGGAGGAGGAGGAGGUGGAUAGAUUAUUUCCCCCCUUUUUUUCUGUUUUUCUUUUUAUUCUCAGAGUGGUGGACAGGGAUAUUUCCCUCUGCAGCGUUCCGUUCUCUUUCAUUGUGAUUUCUUGAAGUUUUUGAUGGAGCAGCGAAAGCUUGUGGUUUUGGGAAUUCCGUGGGAUGUUGAUACUGAAGGAUUAAGGGAAUAUAUGAGCAAAUUUGGGGAGCUGGAAGAUUGCAUUGUAAUGAAGGAGCGGUCAACUGGACGGUCUCGUGGUUUUGGAUAUGUUACAUUUGCUUCAGUGGAUGAUGCUAAGGAAGUAUUAUCAAGUGAACAUAUUCUUGGUAAUAGGACACUGGAAGUCAAAGUGGCUACACCAAAGGAGGAAAUGAGGGCACCAGUCAAAAAGGUUACUAGAAUAUUUGUAGCCAGGAUCCCACAAUCGGUAACAGAAGCUGCUUUCCGAAGUCAUUUUGAGAAGUAUGGUGAUAUAACAGAUCUGUACAUGCCAAAGGAUCAAGGCUCCAAAACACAUCGUGGAAUUGGUUUCAUCACUUUUGCAAGUGCAGAUUCUGUGGAGAAUUUGAUGUCAGAAACCCAUGAACUGGGAGGUUCUGCGGUGGUGGUUGAUCGAGCAACACCUAAGGAUGAAGACUUUAAGCCAAUUGGCAGCAGAAUGCCACCACAGGGAGGAUAUGGUGCAUACAAUGCUUACAUUUCUGCAGCCACUAGAUAUGCAGCACUUGGUACUCCUACUUUGUAUGAUCAUCCUGGCCCAAUUUAUGGACGGGGAGAACCUGCUCGUAGAACUAGUAAAAAGAUUUUUGUUGGCCGUCUACCCCCAGAAGCAUCUUCUGAGGAUCUUCGUCAAUAUUUUGGAAGAUUUGGCCGUAUAUUAGAUGUUUAUGUUCCAAGGGAUCCUAAGAGAACAGGUCACAGAGGUUUUGGAUUUGUUACUUUUGCUGAAGAUGGUGUAGCAGAUCGUGUCUCACGAAGGUCUCAUGAGAUUUGUGGACAUCAGGUUGCAAUAGAUUCGGCUACACCCGUUGAUGAUGCAGGGCCCAGUGGGAAUUUCAUGAUGGAAUCUUUUGGGGGAUAUGGCGGUCCUGUGCGAUCUUAUGGGAGGAUGUAUGGUAGCUUAGACUUUGACGAUUGGGGUUAUGGAAUUGGGAGACCAUCAAGAGCAGAUUGGAGGUAUAGACCAUACUAGUAGGGACACAGCUUAUUGGUGACAGCAAACUUUGGUACUGCUAUUUAAUCAUGAUUUAUAAAGUUGUAAGAACUAUGGAUUGGAUUUUUUAAUCCAUCCUAAGCCAGAAAAUACUUUCGUUUGAACAUAUUAUCUUGUAUCGAUUUGUACUAAGCGAAGAUGAUGGAAAUAUGUUAUAUUCUUGGACAAUGCUACAUUUCUUACUGUGUAUUUUGUUCCUCGUCUAUUGUCAGACAGGAUGCUGAUGUAUGGUCCAUAAUAAAUCAUUCAGUUAUAUGCC